UCUGUCCGCUUUUCCACUGCGCAAAAAGAAGCGCCCGCAGCGAUGGAUCUAGGAGGCAUCUCCAGCGGCUCCCCGAUCAGCUCCAUCCCGCAUCAGCUCAAAUGUUCCGGGAAAGAAGUUCACCUACAGGGUAAUCCUGCGGGGCAGACCUGCUCUGGUCCCUCCAAAGUCUGGCUGGCUUACAAGCAGGCAUCGCAGCAGCUAAACUCGUCUAGAAUCAAAGCGGGUUUGGGUUUACUGAAAGUAGCCACGCUGCAUUGGAAGCACGAAAAGAAGACAGUCGGUGCACAGAGCAGACAUCCGUUCAACAGAUCCCCGCUGGAUCAGCUGGCAGCUUUAGUUUUCCAUGACCCUACCGGCUCCAGCGGCCUGGAGCACAGACAGGAGCCGCUCUGUCUGACCAAGCCGCAGAACUGUAAGCGCAUCGUGGUCCUCGGUGCGCCACGAGUUGGGAAGACUUCCAUCCUCAGGAGAUACCUCCGGGACGGGUUUGUAGAAGAGUACCAUCCGACCUCUGAGGAUUUCCUCAGAAAGUUAUUCUGCAUCCGUGGGGAGACCUACCAAAUAGACAUCCUGGAUGCGUCCAGGGAGAGGGAUUUCCCAGCCAAACGGCGACUCUCCAUUCUCACUGGAGAUAUAUUUCUACUUGUCUUCAGUCUUGAUGACAAGAGCUCCUUCGAGGAGGUGUGCUCCCUGCGAGAAGAGAUCCUGACAGCUAAAUCAAAGCUCACUAAGUCCUCGGUCCCGGCGCAUUGCGCACAGCAGCGGGUCCCGCUUGUGGUUUGUGCCAAUAAGGUGGAUCUUGAGACUCAGAGAGGGGUUUCACACGCAGAUGUGCUCAAAGCACUCGGGCGCGACUGCAUCUAUUUUGAAACAUCUGCAAAGGACAGCACUAAUCUCGAGCAAGUCUUCGAGACUCUGGCGAAACGAGGCGGUCUCCCGAUGGAGACAGGUCCGUUUCAGCACCGCAAAGUGUCCCUCCGCUCCUACCAGGCCAUCAGGACUGACUGUGCAGCCUGGAAGGGAGGAAGGGUGGCGGGGCGAGAGGAUCCCUGCGGUACCCUAUACCCACUGGCCCGUCGGCCGAGUUUUUCCACUGAUCUGCGACAGAUUAUUGGGUCACAUAAGGGAGCAAAACCGGGCCAAGUGCUGGAGAAAUGUCACAUUCAGUGAGGAGGGGUACGGACUAAUAUUGAGGACAACAACGCAUGUGCACUUUUAUUCCAGAAUAAACGCCUUUAU